AUGGAUAGCUACUCUGUCCUCUACAGUUCUUCCCACAGAACCGGACUUCUCUCUGGCUUCCAGCGCCUUCGCUCACAGAGGAAGAUGUGUGAUGUUGUCUUAGAGGCUGGCGGCAUAUCUUUUCCCUGUCAUCGCGCCCUUCUAGCCAGUUCCAGUGACUAUUUUUGGGCCCUUUUUGGAGAGACUACUGCAGAGAGAUUAGCAGGCUCCAUUAGCCUCCCAGCGUUAACACCAGAGGGCUUAGAUGCCAUUCUGGACUUCCUGUAUUCAGGUUGGCUCAGCAUCUCACCCUUCACACUUCCUGUUGUCCUGGAAACAGGCAGGUACUUGCAGGUGGAAACAGCUGUGGCAAUAUGCGAGCGUUACAUGACUGAUGGUUUAAAUGCCAAGAACUGCUGUGACUAUGCUAACCUGGCUGAGCGCCACGCCCUCUCAAAUGCACUUGAGGCUGCCAAUCAAACCAUUGCCAUGGAGAUGGGAAGCUUGAUACAAGAAAGCAGGGACGAUCUCCUGACGCUGAAUAUCGAAUCACUGUUGGCGGUUCUGGAUGCUGAUGAGAUACCUAGUGUUAAGGAGGUGGAGCUCAUAAAGCUGGUUCUGGAUUGGCUGGAUGAUAACGGGCCCCUCCCACUCCUGAAAUCAAAUCUUUUGUUGAGUCGUUUGCGCUUUGGAUUGGUCCCCCCGUCUGACCUCACAAAUAUCAGCCAUGCCCACAGAGCCAUGGCCACACCUUUAAUAAGGAGCCAGCUGACACGAGCAUUCGAGUACCACAGGCUCGGUUCAACUCAGCCCAUCAGGCAGAGCCGGCAGACAACGCUUAGAGCAUCACCCAAUUGCGUGCUUCUUGUGGGUGGUGGGUCCAGCACUGAUUGGCCAGAAAAGCAGGUGAUGGCGUUCGAUCCAAAAAGGAGGAAGUUUUCAUCUUUGACUUGUGUUCUCCCGCUGAGACUGAGAAAUCCCUGCGUGUGCUCAGUGGGAGGUUUCCUCUUUGUGAUUGGAGGAGAUGAAGUGAAAGAGGGAGAUGAAGAUGAGAAAAGGCCUGUUACUGUAGCUACAUCCAAUCAGGUGUGGCGGUACGAUCCUCGCUUUAGUUGCUGGGAGCAGGUGGAGUCCAUGCUGGACAGGAGGGCACAGUUCACUUGCUGCAUGGUGGAGGAUGUUAUUUAUGCUUUGGGCGGACGACACACACGACCAGACACCAACACACAUGCCUCUGUAGCUUCUGUGGAGUUUUAUGAUAUGGCUACAGGAGCAUGGAGGAAAGGGCCACCAAUGCCUCAGACACUUUACGGCCACGCCUCUGCUGUGCUUGACAACAGCAUCUAUGUGUCAGGUGGUGUUCCGGGUAACUAUAGUUACACUCAGGAUGAAAGCAGGGAGAGCAGCAGAGAGGUCUUCUUCUGGGAUCUUAAAGGCAGAGUCUGGGAAAAGAGGGCAUCCAUGUCCAUCGCCAGGUUCAGUCAUCGCUUGGCAACUGCUCAUGGCUACAUCUAUGCACUGCUGGGGAUGUACGAACCCUUCUGUGAUAUCGAACGAUACCAUCCACGGUCAGAUCACUGGAUGCGACUCAAGCCGCUUCUCAAUGGCUCCUUCAACUACGGCAUGGUAUCCACGUCAUCUGGGAAUCUGCUGGUUUUCGGAGGGAGAAGGUGGAGUAACGGGCAGGAGGUGGUUGUGAAGAGUGUGCUGGAGUAUGAUACAAAGAAAGAUUGCUGGAGAGAGAUCUGCCAGCUUCCCAGACCUCUCACUGGGACUGAGUGUACGCUGCUGCCUCUGCCAGACUAA